UGUGCAUUUAUAUGCACACACUCCCAGUCUGGUCCUGGUUGCAGUUCUCCCACCCUAUGUUGUGAGCAAUAUUGCACUGAGUCUCCUCGGUCUGGACACGUGACUUCGCUCCCUCUGCCUCUCCCAGAGCAUCCCUCCUCCUGCAGAUCUAAAGCAAGCUCCAUCUCUAGCACACAGACACCAUCCAGCUUCCUACAGUCUGCACCCCACACUCAGCAUGACUCGGAACCGCAAGGAGAGGAACAGCUGGGGUGGAUUUACAGACAGAAAUUAUGACUGGAGCUCAGAGGAGGAGGAGUAUGAGAAGAAGGCUCACCCAGUUCAGGUCCUUGUGGUUAAAGAUGAUCAUUCCUUUGAGUUGGAUGAGACAGCAUUGAACAGCAUUUUGCUCUCAGAAGCAGUCAGGGACAAGGAGGUGGUCGCUGUGUCAGUAGCUGGAGCAUUUAGAAAAGGAAAAUCUUUCCUGAUGGACUUUAUGCUGAGAUAUAUGUACAAAACGGAUACAGUUGAUUGGCUUGGGGAUUAUAAUGAGCCACUGUCUGGUUUCUCCUGGAGAGGAGGUUCUGAACGGGAAACCACAGGAAUUCAGAUAUGGAGUGAAAUCUUCCUGGUGGAGAAUCCUGAUGGCAACAAGGUGGCAGUGUUACUAAUGGACACCCAAGGAACAUUUGAUAGUCAGUCCACACUCAGAGAUUCCGCUACAGUAUUUGCCCUCAGUACUAUGAUUAGCUCCAUACAGGUGUACAACUUGUCCCAGAAUGUGCAGGAAGAUGACCUUCAACACCUACAGCUAUUUACAGAGUAUGGAAGGCUGGCGAUGGAAGAGACCUUUCUGAAACCCUUCCAAUCCCUUAUUUUCCUGGUCCGUGACUGGAGUUUUCCAUAUGAAUUCCCGUAUGGUUCUGAUGGAGGCAUGAACUUUUUGGAAAAGCGCCUAAAGGUCUCUGAGAACCAGCAUGAAGAGCUGCAGAAUGUGAGAAAGCACAUCCACUCCUGUUUCACCAACAUCUCAAGCUUUCUCAUGCCCCAUCCAGGCCUCACUGUAGCAACAAACCCAAACUUUGAUGGAAAACUCAAAGAAAUAGAUGAAGAAUUCAUAAAGAAUCUGAAAGUAUUUAUUCCAUGGCUUCUGAGCCCUCAGAACUUGGAUGUUAAAGAAAUCAGUGGAAACCGAAUCACUUGUAGAGGUCUGGUGGAGUAUUUUAAGGCUUAUAUAAAGAUUUAUCAAGGUGAAGAAUUGCCGCAUCCCAAAUCCAUGUUGCAGGCAACAGCUGAGGCCAACAAUCUCGCGGCUGUGGCGACAGCAAAGGAUUUGUACAAUAAGAAAAUGGAAGAGGUAUGUGGAGGUGACAGACCAUUCUUGGCACCCACCGAUCUGCAACAGCGAAACCAGCAUCUGAAAGAAGAAGCCGUAAAGCUGUUUCGCGGAGUAAAAAAAAUGGGAGGAGAGGAAUUCAGCCGUCGUUACCUGCAACAACUGGAGAAUGAAAUAGACGAGCUGUAUGUGCAGUACAUCAAGCAUAACGACAGCAAGAAUAUAUUCCAUGCCGCUCGCACCCCUGCAACACUCUUUGUGGUCAUAUUCAUUACUUACGUGCUGGCUGCUGUUACUGGUUUUAUAGGCUUGGACAUAAUAGCCAGUCUGUGCAACAUGAUAAUGGGACUGACUCUUAUCACACUGUGCACCUGGGCAUAUAUCAGAUAUUCAGGGGAAUACAGAGAGUUGGGAGCAGUAAUAGAUCAGGUGGCUGCAGCUCUGUGGGACCAGGGAAGCACCAAUGAGGCAUUAUACAAACUAUACAGCGCUGCAGCCACUCACAGACACUUGUACCAUCAUGCUUUCCCAGUGCCACAGGCAGAUGCCCGUGAGGAGACAGAGAGAAAACACAUAUAACCAUGGCUUUCAUGAUUCCGUUUCUUUUAUGUGGCUCACUGAAGUACCAGUCCCUUUGGAAUAUAAAGAUGAAGCUCUGCAUGAACAUUUGUGUACACCUCCUGAUAUCAUUUAAGCACCCUGCUCUGUUGCACCUGUACAAAGGACUGAUGUAGACUCACAGAGGGCGACAAUAAAGAUGCCAUUGUUCAGCUGCCGUCUGUUUAGAACUUGUUGCUACAUGGGAGGGAGGUGUGUGUGCUUCUAAAGUGCAGCUUUGUUUAUGGUGGGGUACUGCUAGGACAUUGCUGCACAGAGCUUGGAAGCUGCUUACUGUGACAUUUAAACAGGCAGAAAUAUGAAGAUACAGGAGGAUGGAAUAAGAUCUUGUAGGUGUGCGUUAUGGCUAUUUAUUGAAGUGGUGAAGCAAUUCUCAGGGCAAGUUUUAAGACUGGAUGUCCUUUGUGGGGGAAAAAGUGUGACUAAUAUUUAAUAAUGUAUCAGUGUAAUGUAAAGGUGUUAUUAGUAUGUACUUCAAUGAUGUCAAACCUGCAACCCUCCAAAGGGUACUGAACUGCAGUUCCCAUAAUACAGUUAAAGUUUGAUGGGGCAUAUUGGUAGAAAGCAAAAUAUUGGCCAUCCCAAAUCAUAACUAUAUUUCCUGUGACAAAGAUUAUUUGUUUUCAAUACACACAUUUUGAGCUGACUUGUCAGAUAUACAGGUAGAAACAAUAAAAGUCUACCUGUAUCUGACGAUGCCCCAAUAAACACUAGCCUAUGUUCUGUCACCUUCAAAAGCCCAUGAUCGACGAGCCAACCAAUAUCAUAGUCUUUUGCCUAUACCUAUUGGCUUGGCUCCUGCCAUACACACACACUACCUUUGUACAAUUA